AAAUUUUGCAACAAAAAAUUUUGACUGCUGGGGUUCUAAUGAAAGGGGGGGAUAGGUGGGUUGAUAAUUUGAAAUGGGUGGUAAAAACAUGUCGAAAUUUGUGUAGCAUGCCGUUAUUGAACAAAAUUAUCAAGAUUACCUUUAUAAUCCUUUUUCGUAAGAUGAUGCAUUAAACAUUUAGAACUCCAGGCUGGUUCGCACAAAUCGUCUUCUCAAUAUAAACACGUUUUACAAGAAACUUGUUUCUUAUAAUGCUAUCUGUAAAAACUAUAUAUUUAACCAAUCUCGUAUUAAGUAACUUUAGAAUUAGACCUCUCACCUGGUUUCUUUUAGAAGAACGCAUACAUGCAACUUGUUGUUAAAAAGAGUUUUUAAGUUUGUGGAAACCAGGGUUAACUCGAACAACUUUUUUUUUGUCAUCUCAAAUAACCUGUUAAGAUUUAUUUUCUUAAGUUAUCGACAAAGCUCUACAAAGUAUGAAUUACAACAAUAAUAUAUCACGAAAGGGGAUCUAUGCAUCAUCGCUUGAUAGAACAUCGAAGAAAAAAAGCGCGAAAAAACAUGUGAGCCAGCAGAGAAUUAAACUUUAUUCCGCAUCAGGACAAGCUCCUGCACCAAGUAAAGAUUUUUUUGAAAUAGUUGUUUACAAUGAUGGCGUUGUUUGGCGAAAAUGGCGUAUACGAUAUACAAAAAACGGAAAAGUGAUUCCAUCUGAAGAAAAAUACACGAUAGAAAAAUUUCUGGAUAGCGACGUCGUACAGGGCGAUGUCGAACGUUACCUUGGUGAUGACGUUAUUCAUUUGGCAUUAGGUUAUUUGACGGGGUCAUGGCUGGCUAUGUUACCGCUUCAUAUACUAGCUAACAUAACUUCUCAUUUGAAACCGAAAGAUAUAUGCAACCUUCAGCAGGUGUCGACUGUAGCCAGCAAGCGGUAUCGAAAAGAUGAAAUAUGGAAAUUUCAUUUGCAUGACGAAUUUGGUAUAGACGCCGAUUUAAUUGCUGAUCGAAAAAAAAGCGUGAAAAAGUAUUACAUCCAAGAAUUAAAAAGGAGGAAGGAGAAUGAAAUUGAUUGGGAUAAUGUUUGACGUUGGCUUGUGUUGUAACCUCGUCCCCAGGUCCCCUGAGCCUUUUCGCCGCUAUCAACUUCAACAAGGCAAAAUGCCCUGGGAACGAGGUUGUUUAUGUUGUUAUUUAACAGACAGUUUUUUUUGCACAAGGAAUUUCAAAAACAUAGGGUCUCUGA